AUUAGUACUGCACACUGAAAUUCCAACACUGACUGCUCCCACCCAUUCACUCCCAAUUAAGUUCAAAUAGAAGAACAAAGGCCAUGAGAGACAGAAGAACAGGAGGAGAUGCAUACGCAGAUGAAUAGACACACUAUAUACUAGCCACAAUCUUCACUAGGACCUCUCCACCUACGAGUUGCAAGGUUUAUAUGUUAAUGAAUUGUGAUUUCAAUUGUGACCUUUUCGAGCAGGAAGCCAAAAGGAGAAGUUAUCCAUGGGCCAGGCCAUGCGAUGGAUGUCAUGCAGCACCAAGCGCAGUAUACUGCCAUGCUGAUGCUGCAUAUCUCUGCGCAUCAUGUGACACACAGGUUCAUUCUGCUAAUCGUUUGGCAUCGUCCCAUGAGCGUGUGCGUGUCUGUGUAUCCUGUGAGAGUGCAGCCGCAGUGCUUGAAUGCCAUGCAGAUUCCGCAGCACUGUGUACCACCUGUGAUGCACAGGUGCACUCUGCUAACCCAAUUGCUCAGAGGCACCAACGAGUGCCUGUGCUGCCACUCCCAGCCGUUGCCAUUCCAGCAGCCUCUGUUUUCGCAGAGGCGGAAGCUGCUACCACUGUCUACGGUGACAAGGAAGAGGGAGAGGAGGUGGACUCUUGGCUCCUGCUGGAAAGAGAUUCUGAAGACAACAAUUGUACCAACAACAUAGAUCAAUACUUCAACCUUUUUGGAUACGACAUGUAUUAUGACAAGUUCAGUUGCAACCCAGGACCAGGUGAGGAAUACAGACUGCAAGAACAGGAUGUGCAGAACAUGUACAGAGAGAAUGAGGUGUGUGAGUUUGCAGUACCUUCACAAGUUGUCAUGGCAAGUGAGCAGCCAGAGAGUAGUUAUGGAAUGAUUGGGGCAGAGCAGGAUGCCUCCAUGACUGCUGGGACUAGUACCUACACAGCUUCCAUCAGCAACGGAAUACCUUUCUCGUCAAUGGAGGUCGGUAUAGUACCAGACAACACCAGACCAGAUGUUUCAAAUACUAACAUCCAAAGAACCAGUGAAGCCAUGGAACUCGCGGGCCAUUCACUUCAGAUGCCAGUGCAUUUCAGCGCCAUGGAUAGAGAUGCCAGGGUCCUCAGGUACAAGGAGAAGAAGCAGGCGAGGACGUUCCAGAAGACCAUAAGAUAUGCAACAAGGAAAGCAUAUGCAGAAGCACGGCCACGGAUCAAGGGUCGCUUCGCUAAAAGAUCAGAUAUAGAGCAUGAACUAGACCAGAUGUUGACAAUACCAGCCCUACCAGACAGUGGUCAUGCUACUGUUCUAUGGUUCUGAAAUCUGAUGCAAUGAGAUGAGAAAAUUGUGUUGACAGACACUAUGAUGGGCUCAGUAAUAUGGUUCAGUGCAGGGCCCAUAAUCUCUUAUGUAUCAUUAACUAUUGUGCACUGCGGUUUGGUUAUCAUAGUACUGCAGUUUGUCCUGUAACUUUACUUGGAAGAUUUAAAUAAUUAUAACUUGCUCUGA